AUGACACAACAACCCCCCCAUAUUCUAACUAUAUAUCCUAACGGGGGGGGGGACUUCUCGGAGGCCUAUGCCGACCGGUGCUCGGCCGUGGGGCUGGCUGCCAGAGAAGGGGACGUGAAGGUGCUGAGGAAGCUCAUUAAGCAGGGGUACAGCGUUGACGUGGCGGAUAACAGGGGCUGGAUGCCGAUCCAUGAAGCAGCAGCUCACAACUCCAGCGAAUGUCUGAGGGCGCUGGUGCGUGCAGCUCCAUCCGAGGACUACCUCAAUGCCAAGACGUUUGAGGGGCACUGCCCGCUGCACCUGUCAGCCUGCCACGGCGCUCUGGAGAGCGUGCGCGUUCUGCUGGAAGCUGGGGCUGACCCCAACGAAGUCAACACUGAAGCAACCACCGCACUGUUCCUAGCUGUUCAAAAUGGACAUGCAGAUACUGUAAAGUUUCUGCUCCAACAUGGAGCAAAUGUUAAAGGACCUCAUACUUUCUCUGGAUGGAAUUCUUUGCACCAAGCUUCUUUUCAGGGAUGCACUGAGAUAAUGAAAAUACUCCUGGAGAAAGGGGCAAGCAAGGAAUGUAAGGAUGACUUUGGAAUUACACCUUUGUUUGUUGCUGCUCAGUAUGGAAAACUGGAGAGUUUAAGACUGCUUGUAUCUCAUGGUGCAGAUGUGAACUCUCAAGCCAAGGACAGAGCUACUCCCCUGCUGAUUGCUGUGCAGGAGGGCCACACUGAGUGUGUGGAACUGCUGCUAGCCAGUGGGGCAGAUCCAAACCUCUACUGCAACGAGGAAAACUGGCAGUUGCCUAUUCAUGCAGCUGCUGAAAUGGGCCGUAAAAAGCUGUUGCAGUUGCUAAUACCAAUUACUGAUCGGAUUUGUGACAAAAGCAAAGACAAAGUGAGCCCUGUGUAUUCAGCAGUAUAUGGUGGUAAUAAAGAAUGUCUGGAAAUGUUACUUAAAGAAGGCUACAGUCCAGAUGCUCAGGAGUGCCUUAACUUUGACUGCAGAUCACCCAUGUGUAUGGUCUUCCACAAAGAACGUUUUUAUUUAAUCGAUAUUUUCCUGAAAUACGGGAUCACCUUACUUGGGAUUAAUUUGGGAUAUUGCCUGUUCCAUGAAAAGUUUGCCUUGUUUCAACGCUUCUUGAAGCUGGGCUGUUCACUGCCUGCUGGGGACCAGUUGUUUGAGUUCAUAAAAUACACCAUUAAAGCACAGGAGUGUUACAAGGAAUGGCUGCCUUACCUGCUCUUGGCUGGGUUUAAUGCAGUGAAUUUAAUGCACAGAAUCUGGAUUUUCUCUGUGCAUGACGGUGCCCUUAAUUUCAUCCUGGAGUUCACAAACUGGAAGAGACUUCCUCCAGCUGUAGAGCAAGACCUUUCAGAAUACAAAGAGAAGUUCUCUUGGACUCCCAAGAGCCAUUUUACCUUUAUUCCUUCCCUGUCUCAUCUUUGUCGUCUUGAGAUCCGGUCCAUUUUAAGGAGUGAACGCCUGCGAUCGGACCGGUUUAUCCGGGAAUUGCCAUUGCCAGCUUGUCUCCAGGACUACCUUCUCUACUUAGAUGUCCUGCGAGUCAACGCUCUGCCAGAAGCCGAGGAUUAUCUGGGGCAGAGAGAGGAGGGAGCUCCCUCUGCCUGCCACUCAAGCGCUGAAGAUAAAGAGAGGAGGGACGCCGGUAACAGCGGUGCGAGGUGA